UUUUUUUUUCUUUUUAUGUACGUCCUGAAGGGACCUAAGACAUACAUCUCUUCCCGAUUUGGUGCGAAUAUUUUCGAAGGAUUCAAGUAACAGCGAAUCCAAUCCUGUCUCGCAUCCUCCCAUCUCUAUCUGCACCUCGUCAAGAAGGAUCUUAACAUAAUUCGUCGAGCUUGAUUCCCACCGUUUCUCUUACUUCGCUUUGUCAUUCACAAAAUUCCAGGGUAGUUUUUGGAGUUCUUUUUUUUCCCCCUUUUUUGCUCCAUUUAUUCUAAGUUAGCCACUUUCUUUUAUUGUCUACCUAUGCUAUUCUUGUCUCGUCUUUCACGAAUGCAUUAGAGAACUUCUCAUUCAACGACUCCUAGUUUUAAUAAUAAUUAACUACCUUUAUACUUAAAUCAUAUUUGAUACUCGAUGUGAUACUUUGGUCCACCCAUACUUUCCGGCCCUUCUUCGCCUUCUUUGCGCGCGUCGUCGCAGAUUGGACCAUGUCGGAAUUCGUCUACUCGAACGACAAUCUUAGCGAAUCAGAACCAGUAUCUAAUAAGCCAGAGACCAUCUGGGGGAUUGUCAUAACAUGUAUAAUACUGUCGUGGAUAUGCGUUUGCCUUCGGUUGUACGUGCGGUUUAAGAUUGUCCACGCCGCGGGAUGGGACGAUUUAUGUGUCGUGCUCUACUUACUCACUAUCACCGCGGGAUCAAUAGCAAUAUGUUUGGCAGUCACCUACGGACUCGGCAAGCACUUUUUGCAACUCGAAUCUUGGCAGUAUAAAGGUUUCCUGAAAACAUUUUACGUCGCAAAUGCCACAUACGUAACGUCUACAGCAUUGAUCAAAGAAGCUCUUUUGCUGCAAUACCUACGCGUUUUCGACCGAGCAACAUUCAUUCGACGGUUCGUCGUUGCGCUGAUCGUUUUCACGGCGCUCUGGGGAUUUGCAUACUCCUUUUUAGCAUGGGUUCCAUGCGUGCCCGUCCACGACUAUUGGUCUGGGAAAAGCGAUCCAUAUUGCUAUGGAUAUGGCUCACAAAGUCCGGCGCCGCUUGCUGCUACAUUUGAGAGCCACGCUGCCAUCAAUAUGGUUCUCGAUAUCAUGGUUCUUUCUAUACCUUUACCGCUACUCUUCGAAAAUGGCACGUCAUCUAGUGCGCGAGUGAGAUUAGCUGCGUUGCUUUCGAUGGGAAUUCUCGUGCUUGUUUUUGCGACAUGGCGGUUUGUGACUCUUGUCGAGCAUGAUGUAGCGACGUGGCCAACAAGAGAUCCGACCUGGUAUGGUCCCAUCAGUAUCAUCCUGACUAUUCUAGAAGUUGACGCCGCGAGCGUCUGUGCGAGUGUCCCUAUUUUUUGGCCAGUGCUUAGGGACAUGGGUUGGGGCAAGAUCUUUGUAACAAAGGAAAUAAACAUUACGAGAGAAACGCGGUACGUGGACAAUGACCAAGACCGUCUAACACAUGGUACCACAAAUAGUAUAACGGGGAGCGAGAUGGACUUAGGAUGUGGUGGCGGUAGAGGAUGGGGGAAGCAAGAAACGCACUGCCACGAAUCGUACGUUUUAAGUCAGGUGAACCCUUUCCGACCAUCGAUUGAGCAGACGCAAACGUGUGCGAGGAGUGAUGUCCCCAAGAAUAGUGCGAAAAAAUGGAUAAAAAUAUGAAAUGUGGUAGUUAACUACAACACGAUGAAUAAAACAACGGGCUAGGUUUUUCGAUUUCACGCAGAACCUGGAUUUAUCAA